UGAUUAAAAAUCUACUCAUUUUCCAAAUGGUGACUAUAAUUAAAUAAGAACGCUACUGAUACAUGUAAGUAUUCAUUGUUAAUCUACUCUUCUGGCAUCUUUACCUCUUUCCCACCACCAUGUCAAACACCGCAGCUCCUCCUCCUCCUCCUCACAUAGCCCUAUUGCCUAGUGCCGGAAUGGGGCACUUGACCCCCUUCCUCCGCGUCGCCGCCAUGCUCUCCUCUCGGAACUGCACCGUCAGCUUGAUCACCGCCCGCCCUUCUGUCUCCGCCGCCGAGUCCGCCCACAUUUCCUUCUUUCUAUCCCAACAUCCAAAAGUCAACCACAUUGAGUUCCAAGUCAUUUCCUCCCCCAAUCCCACCACCGACGAUCCUUUCUUCCUCCAAUUCGAAGCCACCACCCGCUCCGUCCACCUUCUCUACCCUUCGCUUGCCGCCUCAUCCCCACCCGUCUCAGCUAUAUUUUCCGACUUUACAGUGGCUUCUAGAAUUGCCCCAGUCGCGGCCAACCUCGGCGUCCCCAACUACAUCAUCUUUACCACCUCAUGUAAAUUUUCCUGCCUCAUGGCCUACCUCCCAACCCUUCUAUCAAACCCUUCCUGUUUUGCAAGCGAUCUCACAGAAGUCAACGUCCCCGGAAUCACUUCAUUGCCUAUAGGUAGCAUUCCUCUUCCAUUAAAAAACCCUAAUCAUCUUUUCACAUCAAUAAUCGCCACAAAUUCUCGAGCUUUGUCCAAGUCCAAAGGGAUCCUAAUGAACACUUUCGAAGAUUUCGAACUGGAAACUCUAGCAGCUAUAAACAGUGGGAGAGUUUUAGAAAAUCUCCCACCGAUUCUUCCGAUCGGACCGUUAGAUACCUUCGAGGCCAAGAAGGAGCAGGAAGAAGACGGAAACUAUCUGUCAUGGCUAGACAGCCAGCCGGCAGAGACAGUAGUUUACGUGAGUUUCGGAAGCAGAACAGCAAUGUCGAAUGAGCAGAUUAAAGAGCUCUCAGAUGGGUUGGAGAGGAGUGGAUAUAGAUUUUUGUGGGUGCUCAAAACAAGUAAGGUCGACAAAGAGGACAAGGAAGAUCUGAAAAACCUGCUUGGGGAGCCGUUUUUGGAAAGGACAAAAAGCAGAGGAGUAGUAGUGAAGGGGUGGGUGAGCAAGCAGGACAUUCUCGAGCACGCGGCUGUUGGCGGGUUUGUGAGUCACUGCGGGUGGAAUUCGGUUAUGGAGGCGGCGAGAAAAGGGGUACCCGUGCUGGCCUGGCCGCAGCAUGGAGAUCAGUGAGUGAAUGCGGAGGUGGUGGAGAAGGCGGGGUUGGGAAUAUGGGAGAGGAGUUGGGGUUGGGGGGUUGGAGGGGUGGUGGUGGGUGGGGAAGAGAUAGGAAGGAAGAUUGUGGAGUUGAUGGAAGACAAGAAGCUUAGGGGUUUGGCUAGGAAGGUGGGGGAAGAUGCUAAGAAGGCUACUGCCACUGGUGGGAAAUCUCAGAAGGUGUUCAUGUUAGACAAAGUCAACCUGCAGUUUCAUCUACCGAGCUUUAAGGAGUCAACCGAGAUUUGAGGAGUUUGUUUUAGUUUCAAAGUGUUAUCUGAUUACCAGUUCUUGUUUGUAGGAUAUACUUUUUGAUAUACGUAACUUGUUGCUUUUCUGUUUUGUAUUUUGAAUUUCAAAUCUCCUUGUAAUCAGGGUUUUCAAACCCUCUGAUGUAAUCGUGAACAGCUUAUAAAUACAAAGCAUCCUAUAGUUGAAGGGGUGUGAAAUCAAGUGGAAAAACCUGUGUACUUAAGUUUUAUAUGGUCUCUAGAGCCUUUUUUGUCUAACGACAAAGAUCCUAACCAAUUCUUCUUUCCAUCAUCGCUUCCAUGGCUGAAAACAAUGUCCCUGCUAUCCACCCCAACCCCCAAACCACCUUCCAACCUUUUUCCACCAUCGUAAACAUCAAACUAGAUAGAACCAACUACCCACUGUGGUUGGCUCAAAUUCUCCCUAUUCUAAAAAGCCGGGACCUGAUGGGGUAUGUUGAUGGCACCUUGGUGUGUCCCCCAAAGCAUGUUGCUGGAUCGACAACCGUUUGUCCGGCGUACACAACGUGGGUGCAACAAGAUCAGAUGAUCCUCAGCUGGAUUAAUGGAUCUCUGACUGCGUCUGUCUUGUCUGUGGUGGCCAGCAAAAGAACUGCUCGAGCUACCUGGGAAGCUUUGGAGCAAAGGUAUGCAUCCACGUCCCAAAAUCGUAUUCUAUUUCUGAGAAAUGAAUUGUUGCAGACCAAAAAGGGUGAUCUAUCUGUGGCGGAUUACCUUGAUCGCAUGAACGCGAUUGCUGACAACCUUGCCCUUGCUGGGCAACCUGUAAGUGAUGACGAACUGGUCCAGAUUGUGUUGAAUAAUCUUGGACCAGCGUACGAGAUGACUGUGAGUGCUGCACAAGCUCGCGACAAUCCCAUCCCAUAUCCUACUCUUGAAUCAUUGCUGCUGACAACAGAAAGGAGACUGGCGGAACACAAUGUCCCGUUGGUUGAAGGAGCCACUGUUAAUGCCUUCGUGGCUUCCAAAGGACGUGGGGGUGGUUGCCCUCGUGGUGGUGGACGAGGGAACUUCUCAAACCGUGGUGGUGCUCAACGAGGUCCCAACCCUCGUCACAACAAUGCUUCACAGAACAACCAAGGUACUGGCGACAGGUUUGUUUCCUGUGGUGAUAGAAUUAUUUGUCAAAUAUGUGGCAAACCAGGUCAUCCUGCAUUGGACUGCUACCAACGUAUGAACACUGCAUUUGAAGGACGAAUCCCGGCCAAACGACUCUUUGCAAUGACCUCUUCCCCGAUCACUCUAAACAAACAGCAGAAUGGGUCUUGGCUCCUCGACACAGGUGCUAAUGCACACAUUACUCCUGAUAUUCAGAAUCUGGCCAAUCCCAAAGAGUAUCACGGUAAUGAAGGAGUAGGAGGUGUAGGACAUCAAGACACGGAAGACGCUUUUCCGAGGGAGGUGUGAGAAUGGGUUGUACCCAUUUCCAAAUGGCAGUGGCUGUCUCAAGCAUUCUGUUAGUGCAUGUGUGGGAGUUAGAGUGUCGGUUCAACGGUGGCAUGAACGUCUUGGUCAUCCUGCGAAACCAAUAAUAAAUCUUCUAGUUUCAAAUAAAUUGGUACCAAUUCAUGGUACCUCCGAUGUACGUUUUUGUGAGUCCUGUCCUUUAGGAAAAAGUACUAAAUUACCUUUCCAAUUGUCCGAGUCUAGGUCUAAAUUUCCUUUCCAACUUGUCCAUUCCGAUGUGUGGUGUUCUCCAAUUCGU